UGCUAAAAAGUAGUAAAAACGGAUAAAAAGUUUGUUAUAUAAAAAAAAUAUUUAACGGAACAGUUUUUCAAACAAAAUUGUUAAUUUUUUUUUUUAUUGCCCUUGUUCAAUGGUUUACUUGAGUUUGCAGUUUUUGCUUAAGUUUCAAUAGACUUUCUAAAAAUGUUGAACUGUUGUGAAGAACUUUAUUAUGCAAACUUUUAUGCAUCACUUUUGUUAGAAGCAGUUGCUACCGCUUUGCUAGUUUUUAUUGGGGGAGGAACUUUUAUAAGAGUUGACAUUCCUUUAUUAAAUAAUGGUAAAAAUGAUCAUGUCGUUGAAACAGCUGCUGUAUUUGGACUAACCUUAGCAGGUCUUUUAUAUUGUUUAAGAAAUGUUUCAGGAGCUUAUGUUAAUCCAGCGGUGACUUGUGCGGCAAUAUUAACAAGAAAAACUUCCAUACUACGUGGUUUUUUUUACGUUAUAUUCCAAUGUGGUGGAGGAAUAUUGGGAGCUUUAAUGCUACGCGAAUUAAUUCCACAUUCGAUAGAGAAAGACUUAUCAAACACGAUAUUGUCGGACGGUAUAACUUUAGGAAAAGGAAUUGCGUUAGAAGCAAUUUUUACAUUUACAUACUCUUGGAUAUACUUUUCUUCAAAAAGUUCUAAUGUUUUUAAAGGAUUUGGCGGGCCACUGGCUGUCGGUUUCUUUUAUGGAGCUAGUCAUAUAGUCAUCAUGCAGUAUACAGGCUGUAGUUUAAAUCCAGCAAGAUCGUUUGGACCUGCAAUACUUACAAAUAAAUUAGAUCACCACUGGGUUUACUGGGCUGGCCCGGUCUUAUCAGCAUGCUUAGCUGGCUUAAUGAACGAUAUCGUUUUCAAAAGUGCGAAACUUGUUGAAUACCCCCGCCUACGAUCUUGCAGUUUAAUAAUCUGUAAGCCUAGCAGAGAAGAAGCCAUGUUGGUUGAAUACAGUCGCCACCAUAAUUUUGAUCCUAGUACUACAAAUUCAGAAUACUGCGCCUAAAGAUUUGCUUUGAAGACUUGAAUUUUUUUUGUUUAACACUAUGGAUUACAUUACAAUAGAUUUAAAUUUA